AAGAUUCACAUGUGAGUUUUCCAAAAAAUAAAUUGAAGUUUCGUUAAUUGAUUUUUAAUUUGAUAUUAAUCAAGAUGAAAGUAAAAACAAAGAAAAUCGAAAAGCUCGAGAAAAUGAGUGUGGACGAUUUCUUCGAAAAUAUUGAUGUUAUUGAAAAUACUUCAGGAGCCAGCGAUAUUGAUGAAAGUAUCAAGAAAAAAGUAUCAAAGAAAAAUAAAAAAACGAAAGAGAUCAAAUCAGAGAAUGUCAAAUUAAAAAAGAAAAAAGAUAAACUCGUUAAAAAGAAGAUCCAGAAACAAGAAGUUCAAGACAAUCCUUCUUCAGAAUCUGAACAGGAAGAGGAAGUUGAUGAAAAAUCACACAAGAAAGCACUUGGAAAGUUGAAAAAAACCGAUCCAGAACUCUUCAAGUUUCUUCAAGAAAACGAUAAAAAGCUGUUGAACUUUGGUGAAGAAGUUGAAGCUGCUGAAAAUGGAAAUGAAGCAUCGGAAGACGAGGAAAAUCAAGUUCACAAAGCCGUUGAUGCAUUAGAAGUAGCUAGUGAUGAAAGCGACUAUGAAGAUGAAGAUGCUCCAAUGCGCAAAGACAAUGCGGUGACCCUCAAAUUGCUAAAAGAAUGGCAAGAAAGUUUACAAUCUGAUGAAGUUCCAAUCGACGUGAUUCGAAAUGUCAUAAAAGCAUUUAAUUCAGCAUUAAUUUCGAUAUCAGGUGAUCCUAACAUGAGAGGAGAAUUUAUUGUCGAAGGCGCUGCUAUCUUCAAUGGAAUCAUUCAACUCUGUGUUCUUUAUCUCGAGAAAGCGAUUCGACAAUAUUUGAAACUCUCGGGAAAGGCGAAUUUCAGAGAAAUUCAGAAAUGCAAACGUUUCAGUAAAGUUAAAAAUGUCCUUCGAUCUUAUCUCUUAGAUAUGACAAAGCUUCUUGAAACAGUGUCAAGCUCGAAUAUUCUCUCAGUUAUUCUGAAACAUUUACAUCAAAUUGCGAGUGUUUUAGCAGCUUUCACAAGCAUCACAAAACCUGUGUUGAAACGGCUCAUCCAAAUUUGGUCAACAGGAGAAGAAUCAAUCAGAAUUGUAGCAUUUUUGUGUAUCCUGAAGAUAACAAGAAACCAACAAGAACUUUUUCUCAAUCAAGUUUUAAAGACAAUGUACAUGGAAUAUGUAAGAAACAGCAAGUUUGUUAGUCCCAACACACUUCCAGCCAUCAACUUUAUGCGUCGUUCCCUCACUGAAUUGUUUCUCCUCGACUUAAAUAUUGCUUAUCAUCAUGUCUUUCUCUUCAUUCGUCAACUUGCAAUUCAUUUGAGAAAUGCGAUAUUGCUACAGAAGAAAGAACACUUUCAACAAAUCUACAAUUGGCAAUAUGUCAACAGCUUGAAAUUGUGGGGCGAUGUGUUGUCGACGGUUUCAAUAAACUCGUCAGGAAACAAAGCUGAUCAAAAUUCAAAACUCCAAGCAUUAAUUUAUCCUCUUGUGAGCAUCAUCAAUGGAGUUAUAAAAUUGAAAUCAAGUGCAAAUUAUUUUCCAUUACGAUUUCAUUGUGUAAAGAUUUUAAUUGACAUCUCAAGAGCUACGAAAGUUUUCAUUCCGAUUCUUCCUUACAUCCUUGAGGUUUUGAAUUCAAACACAUUUAAUCAACAACAUAAGAAGCUUGCAAUGAAACCAAUUUCAUUCACUUGCAUACUUCGCAUUCAGAAAGGACAUUUGGAUGAGAAUUCAUUCCGAGAUGAAGUUGUUGAGCAAGUUUAUGGAAUGACAUUGGAAUGUUUAAUUAAUGAAUGUACGAGCAUCGCAUUUCCUGAUCUUGUCGUGCCUCAUGUCAUGGCUUUAAAUCAUUUCAUUAAAAACACGAAAAAUCCCAACUAUGCGAAGAAACUUAAGCAGUUGACUGAGAAAAUUGUUGAGCAGUCGAACUAUGUUGACAGUCGACGAAAUAAAAUAAAUUUCUCAUUGAACGACGCAAAUUUUAUUAAAAGUUGGGAGAUUAAUUUGAGAACUGGUCAAACUCCUUUGGAAGUUUUCUACAAUCAGUGGCAACAGACAAAUGUCAAGAAAUUGAAACGACAGAAAAUCGAUAAAGAUGAAGACAGCGAUGAAGAUGAAGAACAUGAUUACGAUAACUUACCAAAAGUUAAAGCUCCGAAAACAAAGAAAAUAAGAGCUGAUGGUCAAGUAGAACUGUUUCCAUCUGACGAUGAAGAUGACGGUGCAAUUGAUUUUGAUGUUGAUACUGAUAACAGUUUUGAGAACGAUGAGUCUGAAGGCGAAGUUGUUGAGAAACAAAGCAAUAAAAAGAAUGGAAAAUUCAUUAAGAAUGGAAAAGGAAAUCAGAAGGAAGAAUCAGAUGCCAGCUCAGAAGAUAACGAUGAUAAUGAAACAUUUUUAGAUAAUGGCGACAUUGUUGAAGAAUUAACUGAUUGGUAA